AGAUAUGUCUCAUAACCAUGAGGAAUGUGCUGAUACCCAUACUCCCCGCCAUUGUGUCGAAACUCGCCCUCCUACAGCUUUUAUCAUAGAAGAAUCCACAUCAGUUCAAAAGCGGCGCCGAUUGACUUUUCCGUUAAGUGGAAUUGGAAAAAACUACGUAUCUGAGUUGGAUGUUGAAGAUGCAAUUCGUUCCAUUAAUCCCACUAUUAAAAUUGGAGUUAAAAUCACUAGCUCCAUGGUAGUUGAGCAACUUGGUAUUCUCGUCGACAUAGACCGAAAAAAGUCCUUAAACAAAAAACUGAAUAACUACCUAAGUAAAAGAAAAAGAUUGAAGAAACAUAUUACUGCCAACGAAAAUGUUACGGUCUUGACAGAAACAGAUGGAGUGCGAAACAUUCAAAACGUUCAACAGAAAGAAGACGAAAAUGAGAUGGAACAAAGCUUCAGUACUUCCUCAAUUGAAAAUGUUUCGGUAACAUGCGCCAUAAUUGGCCCAACACGAAUACCUUGGGACCGGUUGUCUCCUAGCGGGAAAACAAAGCGAAAACAGAAAAUCGGACGUAAAAUAGCUGAUGCUAUAAAGGAGAUUUCUGAGAUUUCUGAGGGGGUGCUGAAAACGGGAGAUGUCGUGAAGGAGGUGAUAGCACAGUUAUUACCUGAUUUGGAACUUGUGCCGAAGAAGUCAAGGGAUUUGAAACCCGAAGCUACCCUUGUACACACACAGAAUCAGGACUAAUGAGCCACAGAGAUAUUCAUAAUUUGAUAUAUGUCACAACUUUAUGGAUAUAUUUAAGGAUUUACAUUUUACAUUAAUUGUUAUGUUCAUUUCAUUAAGUUAACAAUUUAAAC